UCGGCAUACGUACGUUGUGGCCGCACUUUUUCAUAUUUUUGCGUUUCAGUUUCAUUUAGAACGUGGAAUCGUUUGGUUCAUACAAAUCGGUUGAAAAAUCAAAACAUAUUUGUGAAAAUUGCUAAAGAAAAACUUGAAAAUUUUCGUUAUAAUUAAGUUGGUGGCAAAAGCAAAACGAUCAUUUAGCAAUUGUUUAUUGUUGGAUGCGGUUGUAACGUCGUGACAAACGUGAAAGUGUAUGUUGUGUUUGUGCUGUACUUUAAAUUAAUACUACUGAGGAGACCACAAUUAUUUCAAUUUAAAGUUUUUGUGUGAAUUUCUAAAAAAGUUGUUACUUUGAAAUUAAAAAAAAAGUUAAAAAUAAAAAGCAAACAAAAAAAUAAACACUCAAUUAGCAGAAAAGUUGCAUAAAAAGCACACAACUACGACUUUUUAAUACUAAAUGAAAGUUGGCUAAACUGCAAGCUGAAGCUGGAGUUGCAGCAACCACAACAACAACCAUAAAAAUUCAACCAUAAUAUUGGCGACCAAUAAUUAAAACUCAAUGUCAGCUGCUACCUGCUCCCGCCUACAAUCAAAAAUGGCACCAACAACAAGCUCGAACACAAAGGCAUCCAACGAUGCAUCGUUGACUAUCAAAUUGGGUAGUACACACAACAAUCGUCCAUGUGGUUUGUCCAGUAGCUACACAAGUCGCAAUGGCACCAACAGCAGUAGUGUGGGUUCCAGUGAAUCGUCAGAUCCGGUCGAAUCAGACUGCAGUGAAGAGACUGACGAGGAACAGCACACAAAACAUACAAAAAGUAAUACGGAGAACACCUAUGAAGAUAUAGAUGAGGAUGAUGAUGACGAUGAGGAAGAUGAUGAUGAGGAGGAAGAAGAUGAUGACGAUGAGGAUGAUGAUGGCAAUGAAACAGAUGAUGAGGAAGAUGAUACUUCAGAGGAUAACAGUAGUGUAGAAACAGCCAAAGGUGUUAGAAAAUAUAGUUUAGACGAUUAUCAAAUAAUUAAAACAGUUGGAACUGGAACAUUUGGACGAGUGUGCCUGUGUCGUGAUCGUGUGUCAGAGAAAUAUUGUGCCAUGAAACUUUUGGCGAUGGCUGAUGUAAUUCGCCUAAAACAAGUUGAACAUGUGAAGAAUGAACGCAACAUAUUGCGUGAAAUUAGACAUCCUUUUGUGAUUAGUUUAGAAUGGUCAACAAAAGAUGAUUGCUGUUUAUACAUGAUCUUCGAAUAUGUCUGUGGUGGUGAAUUGUUCACAUAUUUAAGAAAUGCUGGUAGAUUUAGUAGGCCACAAUCAAAUUUUUAUGCUGCCGAAAUUGUUUUGGCUUUAGAAUAUUUACACUCUCUGCAGAUCGUGUACAGAGAUUUGAAACCUGAAAAUUUAUUGAUCAAUCGUGAUGGCCAUUUAAAAAUAACAGAUUUUGGCUUUGCCAAAAAAUUAAGAGAUCGUACCUGGACUCUGUGCGGAACACCUGAAUAUUUAGCACCUGAAAUCAUACAAUCCAAGGGUCACAACAGAGCGGUGGACUGGUGGGCUUUAGGUAUCCUCAUUUAUGAGAUGCUUGUUGGUUAUCCACCAUUCUAUGAUGAAAAUCCAUUUGGUAUUUAUGAAAAGAUCUUAGGUGGCAAAAUUGAAUGGCCCCGCCAUAUGGAUCCCAUUGCCAAAGACUUAGUUAAGAAAUUGUUAACGAAUGAUCGUACAAAACGGUUGGGCAAUAUGAAGAAUGGGGCCGAUGACGUUAAAAGGCAUCGAUGGUUUAAAGAUUUGAAUUGGAAUGACGUCUAUAACAAAAAGCUUAAGCCACCCAUUAUUCCCGAGGUGCAAUAUGAUGGCGACACCAGCAAUUUCGAUGAUUAUCCCGAAAGUGAUUGGAAACCCGCCCGGGCAGUAGACCAAAGUGAUUUACAAUUAUUUAAAGAUUUUUAAUUAGUCUAAUUAUUAAUUUGCAUUAAUUUAUUUAUUUAUUUAUUAAUUUUAAUUAUAUAAGUCUGUAUUUAUGAUAAAUUUGAAGAAAAAAAAGGUAGAAUGAAAAAAAAAACAAUAAAAAAAUAUAAAACCAAAUUAUAUAACAUUAUAAACAAAGAUGCUAUAUUCAAUAAAUAUUUAUUAAAAAUA